CACAGCACCACCGCGAUGAAGGAAGGAAAGAGAGCCAACGCGGCAGAGAUAAACCAAGACCUCAUCGUCCCGCUGGUUGUGUACGCAGUGAAGACUCUAUUGCAGGACGACGGGAGCAGGACGUUCAUCGAUAUCUUUAGCAUUGAAUUAGUUACCAUUUUUAAUGAGAUAGGCCGGCUGGAGGGGUACCAAGAGCCCAGGAAUAGAGGCAAGGCACUCAAGAGAAAAAUCACCAAACUCGCGCCGAGUGGCCUUUUUUAUCGCGCCUUACAGGCUAAUGGGAUCAUUGACAACUGGCUGGAGAUGGCGGUGGAUAAGGGGGCCCAAGGGCGCGACGACGCCCCCGACGCGCGGGCCGAUCCCUAA